AUGCCCAACAGCACCUCGUCAUCCAAACUUCGCGUAGCUAUCAUAGGUGGCGGAAUUGCCGGUCUUUCUGCUGCUGCAUUCCUCCGGAAAAACCGUCAUUGCAGUAUCAUUGUCUAUGAGCGUCGUGAUGCAGACUCUCAGGAGACUUCCGCGGGGCUCGGGCUCGGAGCUAACGGCAUCUCCAUUGUCAAGCAGCUCGGAAUUGACAGAAAAGAGAUUAGUGGGGUGGUGGGCGCCGGGUACCGGACUUAUAACAUCCACGAGAAGGAGAUAAGUAAGUCCCGGGUUGGUGAUGAGCAGGACGGAGAUUGUGGUUUGUGGCUUGUAUAUCGACAGGAUCUCAAGGACGCGUUGUUGCGGAGAGUCACCAGUGAGGAUGAAGAUGGAGAGGCUAUCAAUGUAUUAUACGGCUGCCAUAUUGUGAACGUUGAUCCAGAGGCUGGUGUUGUUGAAUUUGCAGACGGAAGCUCUGUCGAAGCCGAUCUGAUUAUCGGCGCAGAUGGAAUUCGUUCAAAGGUCCGCGGAGCCGUCAUCCCAGCUUCGCACCCAGAGCCCACCCCGUGCGGUCUUUCAAUGUAUCGAUUCGUCAUUCCAAUGGACGUCGUGAUGAACACCAUCACGACCAACGGAACUAUUCCAGCUAUGUACAACUACGACGACGGCAUCUUCAUAGCAGUUAUAGCUGCUGGAGAUAAAGGCAACCGUAACGUAAUUAUGUAUCCCUGCCAGGGGCAUAAGCUGAUGAAUUGCGUCUGCGCUGUCCCGGACUCGAGUCUCAAGAGCUCAGCCAAGCUUGAAUACUCUUGGAAUGCCAAGGGGAGUGUGGAAGAGCUAUUAGAGGAGAUCGAGGACUUCCCCGAGUGGUUGAAACGAGUCUUUAGCCGCACCCCUCAAGUAGCGCUAUUCCAAGUCCGGGACCAGGAGCCCUUGCCCACGUAUUUUAAGGGCCGAACCGUUUUGAUCGGCGAUGCUGCUCAUGCCAUGGUGCCUUAUCAAGCCCAAGGCGUCAACCAGACUUUCGAGGAUGUGGAGGGUCUCAGCGUUCUAUUUGCAAACAUCUCCGACCGUGACAAGGUCCCCGGUAUCUUGCAAAUCUGGGAUAGCAUUCGCCGGCCACGGGCAUCGGAAAUUCAGACGGGCUCGCGGGCUUCUCAAGCUAAGAUUGCGACAAAAAGCGCAGGUGAUGCCAUUCUGUCGGUAAAGCCUCAUGUGGGUAUGAAAGAAGCUCUUGAGCAGCUGGAGUAA